UAAAAUGUCGAACUAUACGAGUCCGUGUCCCUGGCCUUUGUUUGAUGAACAAGAAAGAGAUGACAUUGUUGAUCAAUUGCAUUAUAUAGGAGGUUUGUCUGCACUGAUUUUUAUUGGGCUAUUAUUAGCUUAUAUUCAUCCCACUUUUGAAACGAAUCGCAGUUACCAGAAUAUUGGAUUUUUUAUGCUUUCUGGAUGGAUUCGGAGAUGUACGCCAUUUUUAAUGGCCUACGUAAUAGACAAGAAGGAUAUAUACCGUCGAGAAAUGACCCUGUGCCGGCUAUUUGGAUUCUUGGAAACAUUCAUGGCGAUCCACGAGGUGGAAUGCCUCACGCACGUUUGCAUAGAAAGAUAUGUUGUCAGCAAAUACAUCACUAAUGGUUGGCGUAUGCCAGACCGGCACUACUACAUGUUCCGGCUGCUCAGUGUGUUGUUCGCCGGCACAUACUCGCUGGCGGCCGUUAGCGGCCUCGUCGGCGGCUACGGCUACGACUUCACCUGCUCGAGCUGUACGAUGGACAUGAUCUUGCCUGGGGGAUGGCAGAAGUAUUCUGUUAGCUUGCUCUUUAUUAUGAGAAGUAUCAAGCCUGUGGGAUUUAUGAUCGUUAUGCUGAGAUGGGCGAAACAACUCGAGUCUAAAUUUGUUGAUGUUGCUUAUAAUCGCAAACAGAAGAAAAUUACCGAUGAAGUAAUAGCGUUGACUGCAGUGAACCUGGCCUGCUGGGCGCCAAUAGCUCUGAUCCAGGCCUCGGUGAUUCUGUCGCAGCAUCUGUACGGUCCUGGCGAGUUCUUCCUGCCCGCGCCAUUGCUAGUCAAAAUGGCGUUGCUGCUACAUUGGAGUUCGCUGGGGUGUUCCACAAUCAACUUGUUUCUUCUGAACCCGAACAUACGAAAGGCCGCGAUCAACUUCAGAUUCCCAAACUUCUCGGAACUCACUUCGGAUCCCCAGAAAAAGGAAUAAAAUAAAUAAGCAGGUGUCAAUUCCAGUACAUAUAUAUUAAUAUGAUACGUGUACAUAAGAAAUGUACAAGUUGAUCGCAUUCCAUACGUUAUUAAGACUUAACAAUAUACAUAGAGACACAAUAUUUGUACGAAGAAUAUCAGAACAGUUCAUUGUAAACGAUAUAAUGCUAAUCUAAGUGUUUCAGUCAAAUACAUUUACAUUCAACAAG